CGCACACACAUGAUCUUGCACUUAAACACUCACACACUCACACACAUAUCCUGGUGCAGGCAGCUGAAGCUCAGCUCAAUCCCAGUCCUCUCCUCCCUCUCUCUCUCUCUCUCUCUCUCUCUCUCUCUCUCUUGCCUGGAGCCUGCUGGUGAUCGCACUGUCGCCUGAAGCGAGGAGGCCAAACCAGUGCUGAUUCAAUCGUUCCAGUCCAGUCACUGUCUCCCUCCCUCUGCGUAGCACCGGUUGGUGAGCUGAGAAAAAAAACGAGGGGGAGAGAAGAAGGAGAAGAAGAAGAAGAAGGAGUAGAAGGAGACAAGAGGAAUAGUGAUGGCGAUGACCAACGUUGCAGAGGAUGACCUGGAUGAGAGGAUGCGUGAAGAAGCAGAGGAUGUCUUCUUUGGAGACGGAGUGUCGCCCUGCAUUCCGGAGAUCAUGGCGGCUGGCACCCACUCCCCCGGAGGGCCCAAUGGCAUAAUCCGGAGUCAGUCAUUCGCUGGCUUCAGCACGCUACAAGAACGACGCUCUCGGUGUAACUCCUUCAUGGGGAACGCGGCGCAGAAAAAGCCUCAAUCCAAGCCCAAGAAGCCGAACCUGUCGGGGCAUAAGGGAGGCAGCAGCUCCAGAGAGCCACAGCCUAAACGACUGGAGGAAGUUUACACUGCACUCAAACAAGGCCUGGAUGAGUAUCUGGAAGUUCAUCAAACAGAGCUGGACAAACUCAUGUCUCUGAUGAAGGAUAUGAAGAGGAACUCUCGCCUGGGAGUGCUGUACGAUCUUGACAAGCAAAUCAAAACCAUCGAGAGGUACAUGAGACGUCUGGAGUUUCACAUGAGCAAGGUGGACGAGCUGUACGAGGCCUUCUGCAUCCAGAGCCGUCUGCGAGAAGGUGCCAGCCGCAUGAAGCAGGCCUUCUCCUCCUCUCCCUCCACUAAAGGCACCAAGGAGAGCAUCGCGGAGGUCAACCGUCGAUACAAGGAAUACACUGAGAACAUGAGCACAUUUGAGAGCGAACUGGAAAACCUGCUCGGGGAGUUUCAUAUCAAAAUGAAAGGAUUGGCAGGCUUUGCUAGACUCUGUCCUGGAGACCAGUAUGAGAUCUUCAUGCGCUACGGUCGUCAGAGGUGGAAGCUGAAGGGCAGGAUCGAAGUAAACUCCAGACAGAGUUGGGACGGAGACGAGAUGGUCUUCAUGCCUCUCAUCACGGACCUUAUCAACAUCAAGGUGACGGAGCUGAAGGGCCUGGCCACUCACAUGCUGGUGGGCAGCGUGAUCUGUGAGACCAAGGAGCUGUUUACUGCCAUGCCUCAAGUGGUGGCUGUGGACGUCAAUGACCUGGGGACAAUUAAACUCAACCUGGAGGUCAUGUGGUACCCCUUCGAUGUCGAGGACCUGACCCUGUCGUCUGGAAACCUGAGCAAAACCACAGCUCUCCAGAGACGAGUGUCAAUCUACAGCCAGGGAACACCAGAGACCCCCACCUUCCAGGACACCUCCUUCUUUUCCACUUUACCAGAUGAUGUCUUUGAAAAUGGCAGCUGCGGCGUGGCUGAAUGCAAGCGUCUCUCCUUCACCUUCUCCGACACCUCUGGCUCCAUGUCCAGCCCCAGCCCCGCCCCAAGCUCCCACUCCCAUGCCCAGUCCAACCCAGAGAUCACCGUCACUCCUCCAGAGACAGAAACAUCAUCUGCACAAAUCCUCCCAACCAGAGAGGAAUCCAUCGCAGAGGAGCAUUUGGUGGAGGAAGAGGAGGAGGAUGAGUAUGACGAGGACAGGGAGAUGGGCAGUAGAGGAAGUAGGGGCACAAGCCCCAGCCUCGCCAGUGAUGAAGCUGAGGUGGCUGAGGACUCGGAGUGGGAGCACACAGAGUCCCAGAGAAAUUCUGGCUCCAACGGUGGUUCUGCUGCUCCAUCUUUGUGCUCUGAGAGUCACUUAUCUACAGUGGCUCCGGAGGAUGUUUUUCUGGACCACGCUGAUGAACUGAAACCUGUGGAGCUGGACACAGAGGAGGCGGGCAGCCUGACCAAGCAGCUCGUGAAGAGACUGACAUCUUCUGAAAUUGUGUCACCCAGUGGGAGCUCCACUGAGGGUGGAGGGAGCCUGAGCUGGGCAGGAGAGGGGAGCAGAGCUUUUCUGGAGAGCAGCCUGGAGGAGGCCAUUCACAGUCUGCUCAUGAGGCUGGAGUCAUUGACUCACCGCUGCCGAGAGCUGCAGGACCUGGAACAGGAAGUGAUGCGUCUGGAGGACCUGUUAAAGUGUCGACUUCCAGGCCACAGAAGCAGAUCUUCCAGCCUCAGUCUGACAGUGGAGAGUGCACUGGAGAGCUUCGACUUCCUCAACACGUCUGACUUCGAUGACGAAGAUACUGGAGACGAUAACGCCGUCCUCGGCAGCAUUCCACCACAGAGGUCUCCGCUUUUUGAUGUAGACGGAGAGAGGAUUGGGGUCCAGCAUCCAGAAGCUCGAGGACACCUGAGCGAAGCCCUGACAGAAGACACCGGCGUAGGCAACAGCGUGGCUGGAAGCCCCCUGCCACUAACUACUGGAAACGAGAACCUGGACGUGGCCAUCGUCAUCCACCUGCAGUACUGUAAUCACCUCAUACAGCUGUUGACGAACGGGCCAAGUGUGUGGCAGCGUUGCAGUGUGCUCCUCAAACUCUCCACACAGACUCAGCUGUUAGAGGAGUUAGCAGAGAUCAGUGUGGACAGACUGGGAACUAUCACAUCUGCUACUGAUGUUCUCCCGGGCCUCGCCGAGCGCCCACAGCUGAUGACUCUGUGGUCAGAGUGCAGCGGGUCUGCAGGACUUUUCCACACCACACUGGACAGAGUGUUCAAACACAUGCAUCGACGCUACACGGCAGUGCUGCAGGAGAGGCAGCCACACCGCGCUGACACAGUGAUUGGUGUUGUAGUGGGUGAGAUGGUCGACAGGAGCGACCUGGUGAUGUCACACAGUCCUCCCGCCUCGGCACUGUCCCAGGAUGUCCUCACUGUGUUUCAGUUCCACAGCUAUAUCAUACAACAUGAGGUCCAGGACAUGGAGACACACCUGCUGCACCUGGCCAGAGAAGAGGUGUUUGCAGAGACUCUGCAGAGUGGCGAUUGUUCUCGGUGUUUAGUGGAAAUGGAGGUGGUGCCUUUGUCAUCACUGUGGCCUAAAAACAGCACUCUCAGGGCGCUGGCCUCCCUGCUCACAGCAGCCAACCCUCAGGUCAACAAGGCCGCGGCCGAUUACCUCUCUUCGGGAGCAUCACGGAGCCACUUCAGGAGCAGGGCUGUGGAGUGUUACACACAGGCACUAUCAGAGGCUGGAGGUCUGAGCCAGAGGGCAGCGUGUUCAGCUCUCAGCUGUCUGCAGGCUGUGGAGAGCAUCAGGGCGGUGGUGGCACUGUGUGAUGCGGCUGAUGAGGAGCUUCGCCAUGUCGCCAUAGAAACGCUGCUCACAUUUGGUGAGGAGGGCCGACUGGCGUACGAGCAGCUGGACAGAGUACCGGGGGAGAUGAUCCGUCUGGGCACGCGGCGAGGAAACGCCGUCACCACGGCCUUCUGAGCUUUCUGUGUCGCAGAGAAGAUAAUGUACUACACCUGAGCCUGUGACCUCUGAGGACAACACUGCCGCACUGCACGUCUCACAGGGCUCUUGGUUACUGAUCACUUUACUGAUCUGCUCAUUGGAACAGACCUAAAAUAUCUUAACCCUCCACUGCCUCCUGUAAAGGAACUAACCGCAAACAAACUGUCUUAACCACCGAAACACAACCUGUACCCCCUCCUGUAUGCACACUCACACACAGACGCACCUUGGUCCACUUUCACACACACCCACCCUUCCUCCCCCUGCUUUCUGAGCCACACACUGGUCACACUGAGUUUUAACUUUGACUGGACACGAAGCCACUUAAAGCUGCAAAAGACUGGAGAACGGGCGACACAUCCUCACCUUUCACACAAACUCUCACUUCACCGAUGACCUUCCACGUGUGUCCUCACUGUGUGCUAAUUAUGUUUAAGUUGGUGGUGUUGGUGUUGGGAAAUGUUUUUGGCGCUUUCAUAAGAUUUGCACUCGUGUAAAAACAAAUGCAUGUAAAUAGGGCAUAUUUUACACAGCCGGUGUUGUAUGUACGGUUUUACUCAAAAUGUAUUUUUAAGUUUUGAUUUCAGGUACGUUCCAUUUUGAGUUUCAGGGAUUCUUGUAUGGUUGAAAGUGUGCUGUGUGGCUGUGGAGUUUGGCUUGUGGUAACGUGGUGAAAGAGCACUUUGCAGUUUUGAACAGAGUUACGUAGACCUCAGUUGUGUUAUCAGCAGAGAAGGAGUAAAAAGCUGCUCAGAGGGUGAAUUUUGAGCUCUGAGCGCUCUCAUAUUUGCAGCUGAACAAGUGCAAUUUUUUUCUGUACAUAGCUGACAUGAGAAGACAAGUCAGCCUUUUGACCAUUUGAGCCUUGAUGUAGUUGAGCAGGCUGGUUCCACAUUACUCUAUUUUGUAAAUGUAAUUUUCCUACCAGGUAAGGAGCCAGUCGAGGGCAAUAAAUUCAGUUUAAGAGCAUGUGACUGUACAGAGAGACGCGGCCUCUUGGACAGAGUUGGCUGUAGGUUGUAGCCUUAGUCGUGGCUAUCUGCACAUGUAUUCAGUAUGUGAGUAGGAAUUCCACUUUUUCUGUGAGAAAGUGCAGAAUGAAGUGUUGUGUUUGGUACGUCGUGGGUCGUCUUUGUUUCCCCUGCCUCCUAACUGGAAAUGUGGGAACUCUUGACGUGACUCAAACUUUUGUCAUUGUAACUGUACUACUGAGUCCAGUGAGGCGGUAAAAACCCACAUUUGCUUCUCACCUAUUUAUUAUUUACUCCUUGUGAUUCUAAUAUGCUUUUCUGUUCUAGAGCAGUUGACAUUGUUUUGUAAAUAUGUUUGAAGUUUGUCCAGGAUUUGAAAUAGUUACGUUUAAAAAAAGACCUCCGUGUCAUUACCAUGCAACUGAUCUCAUGCUUAACUUAAAUUUGAAUAUUAUUUUGAAACAAAUUGUAUUAUAUUAAUAAUUAUUAUUUUUGAGAAGAUUUAGAUUUGCUCAUAAUCUAAUAGUGUUAUACAUUUAUUUUCCAACGAAAGGUCCCAAAAGCAAUGGGAUAAAAUAUAUAGGAAGGUUUUCUUUAUUAGAUUAAAUGUAACCAAAGGAAGGAUUGAUUUUAAAAUUGUCAUAAAUAAUUCAUCUCGGAGAAUGUAUUUUCAAUACAACACUGCCAUUUUGGCGAGAAUGCUGAGACAUAAAUCUUAAGAAGCACAAGAAUCCACUAAUCCAGCUACAUUUGGCUCUAAUUGCACAGCUCUAAAGCCAUAUUAAUUAAAAACAAGUGGUAAUAUUUCUAUGAAAUGUAUUUUUUUCUUUUGUAUAAUCUGUAAAUGUGUGAAGUUGUUACUAAAAGCUAAUUUUGUUUUUCUAUACAUUUUACAAAAUGCAGUCCAUGUUUUGAGUACAGUUGCAGUAUUUUGGUCUUGUAUCAAAUUCACCCACUCAGUGUAUUUUUUUUUUAUUCUUAUAAAAUGCAGUUGACCAGUGUUAUAGGUUGAUGUUUCGAUUUCUAAUAACCACAAAGUACAAGUUGGCAAAAAUGUGCAUGUUUAGUUUAUGUAUCAAAAAUGGUUUUAAUUAUAACUUGAUAUUUUUGCUAAAACUGAAAUUGAUCACAUCUGUGGUCAAAAGCUUCAGUACUCUGUUGCGUACUACUCUUCAUUGUGGUUAGUCUCAAUUCUUCUGCUCAAGUUGCAAUAAAUUUUAUUUUUGCAUAAUUUAAA